AUGAUCGCGGAGGAUUGGCAAAGACUGAAAAAUACAUAUGAGCGAAGCAUGAUGAUCAAAAGAGCGCAAACUGCACGUAUAAUUAUUAUGUGCGCAUAUAGUGCAAUGACAAUAGCAUUUACCUUCGUUGUCGUUUUACCUAUUUGUGGAAUCUCAAUUAGAUAUUUGACAAAUAUCACUGAUCCAGGCAAAUUGUUGCCAUUGCAAACGUAUUAUCCUUAUGACGUGUCAAAGAGACCGCAAUACGAAUUGACAUUCUUUAUUCAGAGUAUUGCUAUUUUCUUUGCUAUCUUAUCUUAUACUGGUAUUGAUAAUUUUCUUGGACUAUUGGUAUUUCAUAUUUGCGGUCAAUUGGAAAUUCUUAGAUAUCGUAUCACGCACUUGGAUAUCAAUUUCCAUGACAUUUUAAAAAAGAAUGUGAUAGAUCACAUCCGACUACUUAGGUAUUCGAUAAAUACCUUAAUAGAAAAGGGGAAUAAUAUAUCAAUUACUCACCUGACAUAUGAAAUAUGUAUUCUUGUCAACACAUUUGGUCAUAUGUGUGUCUAUUGUGCUGUAGGAGAAAUUCUAGUGGCACAAUGCGAUCAAAUUCACAGUGCUGUGUAUAACAACAAAUGGUAUACUUUAGAGCCAAGAAGCGCAAAAUGUUUAAUUGUCUUAUUAAUUAGAAGCAACAAAUCGAAUUAUCUUACCGCUGGAAAAGUGUUUCCUAUGACAAUGGCUACAUUUUGUAACCUCAUAAAAACAUCAGCCAGUUACAUAUCUGUUCUCCUUACAACAAGAAAAAUAGAGGUAAAUUACCUAAUCGAAAAAUAG